AUGCGCCAGAGAUAUGUGAGCAAAUUGGAGGCCAUAUUCAACGCCAUUGAUGAUGGAGAUGGAAUGAUCACCGAAGCAAAGCUAGAUACCAUCCUUGCCAAUCCCAAGGUCAGAGCCUAUUUCCAAACUUUGGACCUGGACGUCAACGAAAGCACGGCGCUGUUCCGAAUCCUAGAUGAUGGGGAUGGAGAAGUAACCUUGGACGAGUUCAUCAAUGGCAUCUUACGGUGCAAGGGUGCUGCCAAGGCCAUUGACCAAGUGGCUCUUCAUACUGAAAUGAGGAGUUUGCACAAGAAGCUGACGAAGAUAUUGCAAAUGUGCGAACAGAUACCAGGAGUCGACCCGACAAGCUCCUCGAAGAUGAUGCCCAGGUCGAGUCACAACAAGGGAAGCCUGAAAGCUUUCAGGUCUUCGCUUAUGACCGGCCUCGAUUCUCCGGUUUUCAGUUUCAGCCGGGUCACAGCGCCGAUGUGA